AUGGCCGCCCCAGAGCAAGAUGAGAUCAACGAACCAGCUUCAAAUAUGGAACUUAAAACAUUUCAGGCAAAUUUUCGCACGCUGUCGCAAGAAGAAGGCAUGGAGGAAGACACUCAGCAGAAUCCUUUGAAGAUAAUUUGCGUAGGUGAUUACACAGGUGGUGUGAGAACUAAGGGAAUCUUUAUUAAGGAUUACUUGGGAAUUAAACCCACCGUAAGAUGCCAUCCUUUCACUUGCAUUGAUUUUUAUCUGAAGAAAGUUGAGUGGCAAAAGCUUGGACAUUCAAGUCGCAAUUCGAUAGUCGUACAACUAUGUGACAUCGCUGAAAUGGAACGCUUCUCCGCCAUGACCAAGGUCUUCUUUAAGCACAGUCAAGGAGCCAUGGUGUUUUGGGGACCUCACAACCCAUCGUCACUUGCUGGAGCAUUGCAAUGGCGGAGGAAGAUCAGGGAGGAUAUAUCGCUUCCGAUUCCUUGCGUUCUUGUCACAGACAAUGUGACAGACUCUUGCUCGAGUUCAAUAAACUGGAUUGGGCCGGGGAAGAUAUUUGAGAGCGAGCUAGCGCUGGAUCAGUUCUGUAAAGAUCACAACUUUGAAAAUCAUUUUGAGAUCACGGCACGCGAUUGGGUGUCUGGUGAAAAGAGUGUUUUUGGACAGGCUGUGAACUGUCUUCUUGACGGGAUUUUGCAGGGCGAAAAGAAAGAAGAACAGUCUUGCGUGUAACGCAAUUAUUCAGCGACUGAUGUCCUUCGCAGCCGAUGUUAGGUUUUAUCUCAACGAACUCUCCGCGUUUCGUGUCGAGACUAAGUAAGGGCUACGAAAGAGACUGUUAAUUAAACGUGUACCAGACUCAACUGCAAAGUUACGUGUUAAAUGACUAUGCAUCAAGAAUUUAGCAUAAGAAGUUU